AUGAGUAAAGCAAGGAUUUACGAGUGGUAUAAGCGUUUCCAAGAUGGCCGCGUAAACAUUGAAGAUGACGAACGACCCGGACGCCCAAGCACAUCAACAACCGAUGAAAACGUGAAAAAAGUGAAAGAAAUGGUUAUGAAUGAUUGCCGAGUCGCAAUCAAAGAAGUCGCUGAUGAUGUUGGCAUAUCAGUUGGCUCAUGCCAUGAAAUUUUUUCGGUUGUAUUGGGUAUGAAACGUGUGGCAGCAAAAUUCGUUCCAAAAUUGUUAAAUUUCGAACAAAAACAGCGGCGAGUGGAAGUUGCUCAGGAGUUGCUAAAUGAAGUUACUAACGAUGCAGAACUACUAAAACGUGUUAUAACAGGUGACGAAACAUGGGUUUACGGAUAUGAUGUCGAAACUAAGGCUAAAUCGUCCCAGUGGAGGCAUUCUGGAUCGCCAAGACCGAAAAAGGCUCGACAGGUGCGGUCGAAUGUGAAGGUUAUGCUCACUGUGUUCUUCGAUUUUAACGGCAUAGUACAUAAAGAAUUCUUCACACAAGGUCAAACAAUCAAUAAGGAGUACUAUCUACAAGUUCAACGCCGUUUGCGUGAUGCAAUCCGAAAAAAAACGCCCGGAUUUGUGGCAAAACAAUUCAUGGCUUUUGCACCACGAUAA